UUAUUUUUCUUUCAACUUCAAAGCCCACAGCCCCUUCCCCUUAAUGAGGCUCGACUUUCUCUUUGCUGCUACAGUUCAAAACUCGACAACCUCCUUUUAUCGACACUACCCUUGGUUAAAAAAAAUAAAAAAUAAAUAAAUAAUGACGUUGGAAUCAGGUGAGUGACGAUGAGCGCAGUUGGUGGCCACAACUGCCGGAGACGCACGAGGAGCGCGCGAGCCUGCUCCAGGCUAACAGCGGGGCGAGCUAACGACGGCGCCGUCUUACGAUGCUUGAGCGUCGGCAACGACCAUGACAUGGGGGACCAGGUCGGGGUCUUCAAGCGGGGCGACCUGCAGCGGAAGGUGAUGGCUCCGCGCUACAGCCUGCUGCGGGAGGUGGGGAGAGGCACGUACGGCGUGGUGUACGAGGCGCUGGCCCGCAGGUCCGGUGCCAGGGUGGCGGUGAAGAAGCUCCGGUGCGACGCGCCCGAGAACGUGGAGCUCGCCCUGCAGGAGUUCUGGGCUCUGACCAGCCUGGAGAAACGCCAUGAGAACGUCGUGCAGCUGGAAGAGUGCGUCCUACAAAGGAACGGGAUGGCCCAGAAAAUGAGCCACGGGAACAAACGCUCCAAGCACUAUCUGCGCCUCGUGGAAACGUCUCUCAAAGGUGAGAGAGUGCUCACGCCUUCAGAGGAGCCGUGUUACCUGUGGUUCGUCAUGGAGUUCUGUGAAGGAGGUGACCUCAACCAAUUCAUCCUGUCUCGCCGGCCCAACUUGCAGACCAACACCAGCUUCAUGCUGCAACUGACCUGUGCUGUGGCUUUCUUGCACCAAAACAAGAUUGUACAUCGAGACCUCAAACCAGACAACAUCCUUAUCUCCGAGAGCUCAGGGACUCCCGUCCUCAAGGUGGCAGACUUUGGCUUGAGCAAAGUUUGUGCAGGUUUAGGGAACGCCAUUGAAGGCAAAGACGGCGAGGACAAGAACAAAAAUGUGAACGUGAACAAGUUUUGGUUGUCGUCGGCAUGCGGUUCUGACUUUUACAUGGCUCCCGAAGUGUGGGAAGGGCACUACACUGCCAAGGCUGAUAUAUUUGCUCUUGGCAUCAUCAUUUGGGCCAUGUUGGAAAGGAUAACUUUCAUCGAUGCGGAGUCCAAGCGAGAGCUCCUUGGCAGCUACGUGAGACAAGGCUCGGACAUUGUGCCAGUGGGUGAGGCGCUGCUAGAGAAUCCAAAGAUGGUAUUAAACAUCCCACAGAAGCGCAGGUCAUGCAUGUCUGAUGGUGUGAGGAAGCUGCUGCUGGACAUGCUCGCCGUCAACCCUCAGGACCGACCGGAUGCUUUUCAGCUGCACACCAGAAUGGACCAGGUUACAUGUCCCGCAUGGCGCUCACCCUGAUCCUCCCUCAGGUGUGCAUCGUUGCCUGGAGCUGGUACUUCACUUCCUGUUGUGCGUGUGUGACGACAAUGAAGACACUUCCUGGCAUGCUGCUCUGUCCCGUGAUAUUUGCUUUACGAUCACCAUUAAGUCCGUGGCCCAAGGUUGCAUUCAGUGCCUUGUUUACUUUGUCCAUGGAAAUAUGACUCCUUUAUCAUUUUAGUCUUAUUCACACUUCUUCCACUGCUCAACCCAGAGAAUAACACCAUUGACCCUAUGUUUUUUAAGUC